CCGUACAUAGAAGGAGUGGGGGUCCGCUCUCCACUGCUUUAACACUGCGUGGCCGCUCAACUCCAUAGUAACAGAAGUUUUAGAAAUGGCGGUUUUCUAGCCGUUGAGUUCAAAGAGAAAAGAAAAGGGUGGUCUCUUUGAUUAUUGCUAUUCUUCUUAACAUAAUAUUAUUAUGGGGAGGAGGAAGCGAAGAGCUGACCACAACAAACCUUCCGUUUCUUCUUUAACUUCUGAUAUCAUGCCAUGUUCCACUGGAAUGGAUUUGUCAUCAGAAGUGAAAUCUUCCUCUUGUGUUUCUUCAGUUGAUUCUGCCGUAGUACAUCCCCUAUCAUCUGUAAUUGAUACCACAGAUAGUUCCAUUAAGCUGCAAAAUUUACCCCCUUCACAUGCACAUCACCAUUACAAUGUUAGUCGUGCAAUGUUCUUAAGACGCUCACGUCAUAACUAUAACAAUCAUUACUCUCAGCGAAACUCAGGUAGCCACGCUGAUACAUUCAGCUCACUUUGCAAGGGAGCUUCUCCAUUGUGUGAUGAGAAACUCCCUUUCAAGUUGGCUAGUCGGUGCAGCUCAGAGUCUGGAUAUCAUGGAGAGAGAAGGCCUUUCCACGGGCCAGACAGAAUAAGGUGCAGUCCCUUGGUAAGGGAAGCAACAUCACCCGAUGCUGCUAAGAUGGCGUGUGGCUUAUGUAUGAAGCUGUUAAGACGUAAAACUUAUGCUUUGGGAAACACAAUGCCGUCUAGUGAUCUGGCUGUUGUUGCAAUUUUAGUUUGUGGCCACGUUUAUCAUGCAGACUGCUUGGAGCAGAGAACAUCUGAGGCAGACAAACGGGAUCCCCCAUGUCCAUUGUGUGUUGAAUGGUCAUCGAAGGUCGAUGCCUUAGGAGGACAAGAGUGAAUUGUACAGAUGACUCUUUCUUUAUUCAGGUCAGAUCCAGAACAAAAUAAGCAAUUCUUACAUUUCAAGCGGAAGGUUUUACAGGCUAAUAUUUUUUGGAAUUUUAUUCUAUUGCCAGGUUUCUGAUUCUUAGAUUGUUACAAUGCUACCUAUCUCGGGGUUCACUUGGAGAAGAUGUUUUCAAAUGUUCUAUAAUAACUUCAAUUAUUGUGCUGGCAGUGGCACCUUAAUAUGA